AUGGAUCAAUUGCAAAAUUCAUGCUGCCUUCAGCGACAGCACCGCAACCUUCAUAUAACGAUCCCUGCGACAAAUCCCUGCAGUCAAACCUCCGUUCUAAUGACGAACACUUGUUACGAGAUGCCUGGUCAAAUGAUUCCUACUCCAUCUACAGAGGCCGAGCUAGACAGGUCGCCAGAUACGGUGGUCGUAAAAGAGGCAGACUGGGAGCUGCCUUGGCGCGAGCAGGCUCAGAUUACCGCGACCCUUGGUCUUGGAUAUUCCCUCGUGGGCGUUAUCUUGGAUUUCUUCAUCAUCACUCUGCUUUGUCUUAUUGGGGUACUCAGUUUGUACGCAUUGGUCUUUGGGGUCAUCUUUCUUGAUUUUCUGAUUUUUGUGCUCGGCAAUAUCCGUCUUUUCGGAAAGCUGCCCGGUAACCAGAAGACCUAUUUCCAGCGGCAUUAA